GUGUCUUCCUUUCUUAUACUGGAUGAUUUUACUCAACAAUGGACAACAAACUAGAGAAAACUGUCUUUGAACAAGAAGUGUACAGGAUUCCUGCUCUCUUCUACGACAGAGACAGAAAACUCCUUAUGGCCUUUGCAGAGAAGCGGAGGACUUCAGAUGAUACCAGCGGACUGGCGCUGGUCUUAAAGUCAGGAACGAUCAACCAGGAUGAAACCACUCAGGAAGUGACAAUUGAGUGGUCAGAGCCAAUCUCUGAACUGGUGAAGGCACGCCUUGAUGGACACCGUCCGAUGAACCCAUGCCCGGUUUAUGAGAAGACCAGCAAAACACUUUUCCUGUUUUUCAUAUGUGUUGAAGGAACUGUCUCAGAGCAGCAGCAGAUAGCUUCGGGCUGCAACAAGGCUCGUCUCUGCUAUGUUACAACUAAAGAUGCUGGCCAAAGUUGGAGUGACGUGACUGAUUUGACCGAGUCACUUGAUGAAAUCCAACAGUGGGCCACAUUUGCUGUUGGGCCAGGCCAUGGUCUUCAAACAGAGGGUGGUAGAUUGAUUGUACCAGUUUAUGCUUAUGCUUCUGGCUCCUGCUUAUGCUGUUGUAGCACAUGUAAGCCUAUUCCAUAUGCACUCUCCUUGUAUAGUGACGAUAAGGGCGAUACAUGGCAAUUUGGAAAAAUGUUACAAAAUGAGUCAAUUGAAUGUGAAAUGGCAGAGUUUUUUGAUGAUACAGACAACAGCUUCAUCUACUGCAAUGCCCGCAAUAAGGGAUGCUAUCGAGUAGAAGCUGUCAGUAAAAAUAAUGGAGAUGAAUUUACCAAGCUGGGCAGAAAUCUUGUGGAAACAGGUGGAGGCUGUCAGGGAAGUGUGGUCUCCUUUCCAGCUCAGAGUGAAUCUACUAACCAAAGCCAGAGCCCAAACAAGUGGCUGCUCUUCAGCCACCCAAGCGAUAAGUCCAAAAGGGUAAAUCUAGGAGUGUAUCUGAAUACAUCUCCAGGCAGCUCAAAUGCAUGGAGCAAACCCUACAUCAUUUACCGUGGACCCAGUGGUUACUCCGACCUGGCUUACAUUGAUGACGGUUGGUUUGCAUGUCUUAUGGAGUGUGGGAAGCAUCGUGAAACUGAACAGAUAGCCAUUAAGGUUUUUGACUACAAAGACAUCAAGCAGGGCAUUGGAGAGUAAAAAUAAUUGCUUUACUUGACAUGACACAUUUUGUGUUCCUCAUAUGAAACCUGUUGUGUAAUACAAGUAAUACUAUUCCACUGAAAUGCUUUUUGACACUGCUGAAUAUAUUUUAAGUGUUGAGUAAUAAUUUACAAUCAAUAUUAUGAUUACUAUCCAUUAAAAUGAUGGAUUGUGAU